AUGCACAUCUUCUCAAUUCUUACACAGUCAAUCUACGUCAGUUCUCACACGACACAAAUCCCCAAGUGGUUAAAUACGGGAUACCGCAACACGGUCAAGACAAUCAAGUACAAUCACUUACGACAAACCCAAAAAUUGGAAGUGGUACCGAGGAAGACAAUCCCAUGGCCAAAGGACAAUACAAUCGACGAGAACCGCGUGCGGCUGCGGGAUUACUUGCAGGGGAAGGGGGCAGAUACUGUGUUGGACGACAAAAGCCAGAUGAGCAAAGUCCGUGGCCCACCCCGAGGGAACUGUGAUCUGUGCUACUCACUUAUGAGUACAGACAAGUGCGACUACAAUCCGGGUACCCUCAGCUGUUGGCGAUGUGAGGCGUUCAACCGGCCCUGCACGUGGACUACCAAAGCUGAUGGGCCUGGCUCAACCAACUCGUCAGGCCUAAGCAAGGCUACGAUCGACUUGUUGGCAUCCGGGGGCCCCUUGGAGGGCCUCGGUAUACCAGCCGCGUUCCACCGCGCGGCAAACCUAGCGAAAGAACCACAGGGAAUGGUGUGGAGGAUCGAGCCUCCGUUUGCGAUGGGCAUCGAAUCAGACGUGGCUGAGGAACAAAGGGAUGCCCCCUCACCAGACAUGGACGAUAUGGAGGGUAGCGAUGAAGAUGAGUAG